AUGGCACAAGACGAAAUGGGAGAAUUGAUCGAAUUCCUUCAUGACCGGAACCCAGAGGUUCGCCGACUGGCUGUCCAUGGCCUGCUGCCCUACACCGCUGCCAGCCAUCCAUCCCGCUCCCUCCUCAAUGUUGCAUCUGAGAAUGUCUCCGGAGAUCUCAAGCCGGGAAGCAUCAAGCCCGGGAUCAUCGAGGAUUUGAAGCGGCUAUCCGAAGACCAGCAUAUGACGGCCCAUGAUGCCUUUUCAGCAUUGAUCAACCUGUCAGAUACUACCCAGGUCGUAGAACAACUCAAGGACCCCGACUUCCUCUCAGUGAUCUUUUUCACCAUAAUCGAUCAUGAUUCCAUCUUGGCAGAUCUAGCUUGCAUGUUACUGUCAAACCUCACCAAAGUAGAGUCGCUCGUCGACCUGUGUCUCAACUCGACCAUCCCACCUCAUGCCUCUCAUCCGACGAUCAAUCAAGACCAGCCAUUGAGUGCCCGAUUGAAGACAAGCCCUACCCCGCUCAUGGACCUUUUAAUUGAAGUGUUUACGCGUGGGGACCAGAAACAAAUCAACCCGCAUGCCAACUUUGACUUUCUGGCCUCUGUCUGGGCUAACCUCUCAGCCUCUGCCAGGGGGCGGGAUUAUCUGGUUGGUGUUGGUCCUUCGCCGACUGCCACGCAUGAAGCACCUUUGUUCCAGCUAUGCCCAUUCACCCAGCACCCUAGCUUGAUCAGGCGGGGCGGCGUGAUCAGCGCCAUUAAGAACUGCUGCUUCGCAACUGAGGUCCACGAACAACUACUCUCGCCUACAGGCUUCAACCUCUUGCCCGCGAUCCUCCUGCCGUUGAUGGGCCCGGAAGCAAUAGAUGAGCCGGAAGAGCAGGAAGACUUUCCCGUCGAGUGUCAGCUCCUCGGCCCCGAUAAACGCCGAGAAUCUGAUGCCAACCUCAGACUCAUCCUCGUCGAGUCACUGAUCCUCUUGGCCACCUACCCCAUCCAACGUGAAAUCAUGCGCAUGAAAAAAGUCUACCGUAUCGUCCAGAUUCUCCAUUUGGAUGAAACAUCAGAAAUCGUCCAGGAAAGUAUUGAGCGCUUGGUUAAUCUCUUGAUGCGAGACGAAUCCGAGCAUGCAGUAAAGCCAAAGCCAGCAUCGGACGACGAAGACGAAUUGAUCGAAGUUUGA